ACCGGCACGGGCAAGACGCACACGAUCGAGGGCCGGAUCGACAUCCCCGAGGAGAUGGGCAUCAUCCCGCGCGCCGCCGAGCACAUUUUCACCGCGCUGCAGGGCGAGCACGUUCUGGAGAGCACCUGCACCGUCUCGUAUCUCGAGAUCUACAACGAGGUGCUUCACGAUCUCCUCUCGCCAGCGGACGAGCCUGGCGCGAAGCUCGCCAUCGUCGAUGACAGCAAGCAGGGCAAGGGCGUCCACUGCGCCGGUUUGCUCACGCACGAGGUCAACACCCCCGAGGACGUGCUUCGCAUCCUGCGUGCAGCCCAAGACCGCCGCAAGAUCGGAGAGACCAAGAUGAACAAGGAGUCGUCCCGCUCGCACUGCCUCUUCACGCUGACCGUCAACCUGCGCGAGAAGACGCCCGAUGGGAUGGAGAUUGCGCGCGUGGGCAAGCUACACAUGGUCGACUUGGCGGGCAGCGAGUGUGCCAAGACCUCGGGCGUGGGGGCGCAGGACCGCACGCGCAUGCGCGAGGCGAUGAACAUCAACCAGUCCCUGCUGACGCUGGGUCGCGUCAUCACGUCGCUGCGCGAGAAGCAGGGCCGCAUCCCGUACCGCGACUCCAAGCUGACUCGCCUGCUGCAGGCGCGACGCUGCCCGGACCUCGGCGGGCGCUGCAAGACCUGCAUCAUCGCGACGCUCUCUCCCUCCAUCCUCUGCUGCGAAGAGUCGCUCUCCACGCUCAACUACGCGCAGAGCGCCCACGGCAUCGAGAACAAGCCG